UUGGCCGGCUCCUCCAUCUGAACAUAGCGGAAGUGAUCGAGGAGCGGUAUCAUAUCAUGGCUCACGCCUUUGUUUGCUUCCCGGCUUUUGCUCAGGUGAUGACUUCUUGCUCGUCUCCGUCAUGGGGCGUCGCCGCUCGCCCGCGCCGCCUUCUUCCGGGCGUCAGAUGCGCCUCCUCUGCUCCUGAGGCGGUGGCUCAUGAGGCCGACCUGUUCGACCUGAAGCGGUACAUGACCGAGAAAGCCCGGCGCGUGGACGACGCCCUCGACCGUGCGCUGCCGCUCCGACACCCGGAGCGGCUCCUCGCCGCCAUGCGCUACUCCCUCCUGGCCCCCGGAAAGCGCGUCCGCCCGGUGCUGACGCUCGCCGCCUGCGAGCUGGUCGGCGGAGAGGAAUCCACCGCCAUGCCCUUCGCCUGCGCCGUCGAGAUGCUCCACGUCAUGUCGCUCGUCCACGACGACCUUCCCUGCAUCGACAACGACGAGCUCCGGCGCGGGCGCCCCUCCAACCACGUGGUCUUCGGGGAGGGCGUCGCCGUGAUGGCGGGCGAUGCUCUGCACUGCUUCGCCUUCGCGCACGCGGCGGAGGCCACGGCGGGGGUACCGCCGAUGCAGGUCCUCCGGGCGGUGGCGGAGCUGGGAAAGGCGACGGGGGCGGAGGGGUUGCUGGCGGGGCAGGUCGUGGACAUCGAGUGCGAGGGCAAGGAGGUGGGACUGGAGGUGCUGGAGUACAUCCACCUGCACAAGACGGCGAGGCUGCUGGAGGCCGCGGUGGCGUGCGGGGGAAUCAUUGGCGGUGCGGAGGAGGAAGAGGUGGAGAGGCUGAGGAGGUACGGGCGGGCGGUGGGUCUUCUGUUCCAGGUGGUGGACGACGUGCUGGACGUGACGAGGACGUCGGAGGAGCUGGGGAAGACGGCCGGGAAGGACUUGGCGAAAGGGAAGGCGACGUACCCGAAGCUGAUGGGGUUGGAGAAGGCGCGAUUACUGGCGGAGGAGCUGGCGGCGAAGGCGGAGGAGGAACUGCAGGGGUUCGACAGGAACAGAGCGCGGCCGCUACGCCACCUCGCCCGCUACAUCGCCCACCGCCAUAACUGAAUCAUGCCAUAAUUGGUCGAUUAAAUUAUUAAAAUCUAAAAAUGAUAACUUUGUGCCUUUUUUAAAUGUCCGUUAAUAAAAUCAAUAAAUUUGUGGGUUUUUUU